AUGUGCCCGUCCUGCUCGUCCUCCGAGACGCCUCCUGCAGCGUCGCCCUCCUCCCAAGAAGCGAAGCGUCGCUUCGUGGAGGCUCACGCUGCACACCUUUCUUCGGUUUCUUCUUUCCCGUCCUUUACACGUGGACACCGCGAGUGUACCCGCACGGACCCUAAGGCGGAGGCAGGCGAACCAACGGGCUUGCGAGACGGCGCCCAGACGGAGAACGGAGAACAAGAAACCUCCCCUCCGCUUCAAGGCACAUCGCCUUCGUCGUGUCCGUCUGCUUGUUUCGUCCCCUUAUCUCCUGUCCCCCCGCCCUCUUCUGCGCCUUUGCCCCAAAGCUCGACGGCUGUCGUCGAUUUUCUCAAUUCUGCCGGUCUCCAGAACGCCGCCAGUGUCGCGAUUGAGUUACGGACACAUUUAGGUGUCUGUACAGUCGAGGAUCUUCUCGUGGCGGUGUUUUUCGAUGUCGACGAGGAGACCCUCGCUUCGGUGGCCUGCGAGAACAGAGGCGAGGCCUCCGACCGUCUGGGGAUUCCACAAAACCUGCCUCGUUUCUCCCGGUUUCUCGCGAGCCUCAGCCAGUUCCGGGCUCGCCGCGGUAGCCACCAGGCGUCCUCCAGGCGGUCCUCUCCGACAACAGGCAGCCCUUCUUCGCGCUCGGAUUCGGCGCGAGCCCUCAAGGCCAACGGCGAUCCUGCGUCUGUUGGUUUCCUGUCGACCUCCUCUGUGUCUGGUGAUUCGGGCGACACGGCUUCGUCUCUCUUCCUCUGUUCUACAUCCCAGGGAGGAACCGGUUUCGCCCCGCAAGCUUCUGUUGACAUUGGAACUCUCUCCGACCCUCUCUUCGCUUCGCACUCUUCCACUCUCCACGAAGCCGCCAAGCAGCUGGGAGCUCCCAACGGCAGCCCUACGAACAGAUCCACAAGCGACGUCUGGUCCCUCGCGUCUUCUUCUCGGCCUUUGCGUCUGGAUCUCCCUGUUUCCCCUUUUCUGGGGCAGAAGGCCUCUGCGACGUGCGGGGAUGAAGCCGAAGAGAGUCCGGAGACACGGUGCACAGACACCCAAGAGACCAAUGACACAGACCGGCCGGCGGCGGAGAGACAGGGACCGCAAGAAGCGUGCACCUGUUGCAAGUGUCCGCUCUUUCUAGAAGAAGGCACAACGGAGUGUCUUUGUCGCUACGUGCGCGGCCGCAACAUGGAGCAGCUCUCCGACGUCUCCGAGGAAGACAAGAAAGCGAUCGUUUUGCUCCUGGUCUCAUACGCGAAGAACCACCUCAGCGAAAUCGAGUUUGCGCUUCUACCGUACAGCGUCCGAUCCGCAACCAGGAAACUGAAGCAACGCGGCAUCUCGUCCUUUGCUCGCAUCGCCGCUGUUUGCCUCACGGGUGUGGACCCUGUGCUCCAGCCUUCAUCUCCAUCUCCUCUUUCUUCUCCCCGAAGUGCUUCCUCUUCUUCCUCUUCUUCGUCGUCUUACUCCUCUUCUUCUUCCUCCUCUUCUUCGUCUUCUUCCUUUGCUUCUUCCUCUGCUUCUGCCUCUUCACCGUCUUCGUUUCUUCCCGUCCCGCGCCGCCCGACAGAGUGGCUGAGAGAAGAAGGCGGGCUGUCUCCGCUGGAGGCCUCUCACGUCUUCAAGGCAACUCGCCAAGUCGCUGCCGACCGCCUGCGCUUCCGUCUCGCCUCCGCAUUCUCCUCCUACUCGCCACGAGACCUCCUUGGGCGCGUGGACAAGGACAUCAAACAAAUCGCCGACAGAGUGUAUUCUUCGGUCCAGUUCGAUCGCUGGGUGUUUGACAACGUGAUCGACACACCGUACGUCCAGCGCCUGCGCCAGCUGAAGCAGCUCGGCGCAUGCAUCAUGGUGUUUCCUUCGGCCACGCACACGCGGUUCGAGCACUCGCUGGGCGUCGGCUACCUGGCGCGGAGUUUCUUCUCGAAACUCGCCUUGAAAAUGGGUUUCGCCGCAUUGCCUGGAUGCGCCGCGGGACUCCCUGGGUGGACGGAAACCCCCGCUUGUCUCUGCGCGCUCGCGCUCCCGGGCUGUCGGGCGGCGGCCGCCCCCUUCAUUUCUCCGCCCAAGUCUGUGCAGCGCCUAAAACUGCAAAGAGAAGAAGGCGACGCGUCUCGCGAAGCUGAGCUCCAACCCCACUCGGACUGCUUCGCCACCGCUUCGCCGCGCUCUCUCUGGGGCCUCCCCCCCGCCACUUCAUGUGCCUCCGGGUUUCCCCUCUUUUCGUCUGGACAGCCCUUCGACUUUUCAGCCCUCGCGAGCGCUGUCGGUGCGCCCGCGAGUCUCUCGGACGCGCUCGGGUCGGAGGCCGGCUGCUGCACGCACUGUGGAAGCUUCGUGCUCUGCGACGCGUUCUCGCCGAACUUCUUCGGUCGGUCCUGGCGCGAGCAAAUGGGCGAAGUCGCGCGGAUCGCGAACUGCGUGGAAAUUGCGGGACUCUGCCACGAUCUCGGCCACGGCCCCUUCAGCCACACGUUCGAGAGCGGCUUCGUGAACCACGCAGACAUCCGCAAGCGACGCGAGGGAGACAGCUGCCUCUUCGCGGGGGCGACCAGUCUCUGGUCCCACGAACAAAUGUCCCUGCAGAUGGCCGAGAAAGUCUUCGAUCCCCUCACAGACAUUGGCGGCGAACGCGAAGUCGACGAAGAAGACCUCCACAUGGUGAAAAACAUGAUCGCAGGCGUUCCCCCGGAGUGGAUGCGCCGCGGCGCAACGGGGCUCGACCCCCUGGACUCCCUCACCAGAGCCAGCUUUGACAUUGUCGCGAACAAGAGGAACGGACUGGACGUGGACCGAUUCGACUACUGCAGACGAGACGCAGCUAUCCUGCCGCCGUCGAACCCACUGCCCUCAGCGGCCGUCAACCGCCUGCUCGACUACAGUAGCGUCAUCGACAGCGAGAUCUGCUUCAACAUCAAGGAACUGCACACCGUCUUCAAUCUCUUCUACACGCGCUUCUCCCUCUUCAAAACUGUCUACACACACCGAAUGGUCAAGGCCAUGGAGCUCAUGCUCUGCGAGGCCUUCCGCCGUGCAGAUCCAACUUUCCAUUGGAGCGACAAAAUCCACUCGCCUGACGAAUUCCUGGAGUUGACUGACGAGCGGCUUCUCUACGAUGUCCGCGCGCAUCCGCUCUUUUCUGGCCGAUCAAAAUUCACGAGCGACCUCGACGACGAGGAACGCGAAAACCUCACCGAAGCGAAACGGCUGAUUGACCUCGUCACGCGAAACCGAAAAUCGGCCGACAUCUUCAGAUUCGCUGGAGAAGUUCCUCUGCAGGAAUGUGACAACCAGAAACUGCGCGAAUUGGAGGCCCUCGCAAGCCCCGACAGCAUCGCUCAACACGCGCCCUGCAGUCAGCCUGGCCUCCCUGGCCUCGCCUCGGAAAGCUGCCGCCUCAAGGCGCAAGAUCUCAUUGUGGAUUGGAACACGAAUCACUACGGCCAGGGGCAAGAAGAUCCUUUGCAGUGCGUGCGGUUCUACAGCCCCGACAACGAAGACGUUUCUUUCCACGCAUGCGAUGAGACGCGCCGCCUGUACCCCAAGUCGUUUCAGGAAAGGUACUUGCGGCUGUACUGCAAAGAAACGCGCAAGCUGGAAGUCGCAAAGACUGCUUUCCAGGCCUUCUGCCGACACCACGGGCUGACCAUCCAGAGCGACGGCGCCUCGGCCAUCCCUCUCGUGGCCCAGCCUUCGUGCUCCACUCGCGGGGGGGGAAACCUUAGCGCUCUCGUCUGGCGGUGCGGCAGUCGCCGUCGCUCCUCCGUUUCCUCCGUCCGACGAAGCAGCUUCUCGAGCGACCGCGACAUGCACGAGAGAAGUUUCGGCGCCUGUCCCCGCCACCCCCUCGCGUCUGGCCCCGGGUGUACGUACACUCGACACCCUGGCGACUGCAGCCGGAGUGCGAACGCGACGAGUUUCGGGCUUUCGCGGACCUCGCUGUACAGCCCAGACUGGUCGCCGUCUUCUACCCGCACGCUUCGUGUUUUUCCGCGACUGCAGCUGAGACGCCAAGCUCACGACUUUAUUUACUUUCGCCCCACGCGCCUAGGCAGACCAGAAGCCUCGUGGGAGGCGUCUGCGGGGCUGGCUGGCCCUCAGCGAGGUGGUUUGCCGCUCAGGAACCACGCGUCGAGAGACGACGGACGUGCCCGAGGCGACAGAGACGCAACAGAGAAAGAAGGAACGCGAGCCUGUCUCUGGUACACAGUCGCGGGAGAAAAAGUGGACGCAGCAGGAGGCUGCGUGGACGAGAAGAAAAGCAUGCGAAGAGAGAGAGGGGCCGCGAGCCUGCGAGGGCAACACAUGCGCGACGGUGUAUGGACACCUGGAGAAGACGACACACGCCUGAAGCGGCAAAAACUCGCAAACGACGACGGAGGACUGUGA